UCCCGACGAUCCUGUGCCACACAACUCGUGUCUCUCCCCAGCCAAGCGCAGCUCCUCUCCCCCAGCAGCGCUGCGAUGGCGGUGCGGGUGAUGGUUCUGCCUUCAAGCAAGUGUCUGUUCGAUGACCCCGUGCAGAUCCGUGUGGCAGGUCUGCAGCCGCAGCAGGAGGUCACCCUCCGAGCCAGCCUGCUGGAUGAGAGCGGGGAGCUCUUCCAAGCUCACGCUCGCUACAGAGCAGGGAGCAACGGAGAGCUGGACCUCAGCCGCUCCCCAUCCGUGGGAGGCAGCUAUUCAGGAGUGGAGCCGAUGGGGCUGCUGUGGUCUCUGCAGUCUAAAGCGCCCUAUAAGCGGCUGGCAAAGAGGAAUGUGCUGACCCCUUACUAUGUGGACUUGGAAGUGUAUGAGGGCCACGGGGACAUGAGCUGCUUGCUGGGAAAAUGCACCAAUGAACGAUGGUUUUUAGGAGAGGGUGUGAAGAGGAUUCCAGUCAGAGAAGGCCGUCUGAAAGCAACCCUCUUCCUCCCUGCUGGGCCUGGUCCAUUCCCUGGGCUUAUCGAUUUGUAUGGAUCAGGAGGAGGUCUUGUUGAAUACAGAGCAAGUCUCUUGGCUAGCAGAGGUUUUGUGACUCUGGCUCUUGCUUACAUGGCCUUUGAAGAUCUUCCUGCUAUGCCAGAGGUUCUUGAAAUGAGCUAUUUUGAGGAAGCUAUGAAUUUUUUGCGGAAGCAGCAGCAGGUGAAAGAUACUGGGAUUGGCAUUUUGGGCUUGUCUAAAGGAGCCGAUCUAGCCCUUUCCAUGGCCACAUUUCUACCUGGCAUCAAGGCAGUUGUCAGCAUAUCUGGAAGUGGUUUUAAUUCUUUCAUUCCCCUGAAGGGGAAUGGCUUCACUCUUCCUACCCACCCUUAUAAUCUGGGGAGGGUGAAGACCAGUGAUGAUUCUUGCCUAGUAGAUUUUUCCGAUGUCCUAGAUGAUCACAGGGACCCAGCAACUUGGGAUUGCCGCAUUCCCAUGGAGAGGUCCUCGGCCAGAUUCCUCUUCCUGUCUGGCCAGGAUGACAUGAACUGGAAAAGUGACCUCUAUUGCCAGGAUGUUGUUCAGCGCCUUCAGCAGUGUGAACGGGAAGUGGAGUUUUGCUCCUACCCUGGAGCAGGGCACCUCUUGGAGCCACCAUACUUACCUCUGUGCCAGGCUUCAAUCCACAAAGUGCUUGGGAUGUUUGUUCGUUGGGGAGGGCGGUGGAGGGAGCAUGCCAGAGCCCAAGAAGAUGCAUGGCACAGGAUACAGGCCUUUUUCUGGCAACACUUGAUGGACUCAGACAUCCCUAAGAGCAAGCUGUAGUGGCAGCUGUCAAAGAUGCUGAGUAGGGUUGGUAUUUCAGCUCUCAUUGACUCUUGGAAACUUGUUCGAAGUUUCCUAGCCUGCCUUCCUCCAACCCCCACUGUUACAUAGCUUUUAUUUUCAUUCCUAAAUAAUUUUCCACUUUUUUAGUAGAAUUUUAGUUGUCUUCUGGCCCCAGCUGCACUGCAGAUUAUCACCAUCUAAUCUGCCUGUGUGCUGUCGUCACCUGAGAAAGCCCAGCUUCUCAUCAUUCUGGGCUGCAUUUA